UGCGCAGACCGGUCCGGGUGAAUUAGCGUCGGGCUAGCUCGAGCACAGGAUCCUUCUCAGUUCUGCCUCGUUUCAGUUUUCUUCGUUAUCGUUUAAACACUGUGUCGUUUCCUGCCGAGCGGGAUUUAACGUGAAGCCGAGCGUGAAGAGAAUAUGCCCAAAAAUAAAGGUAAGGGAGGAAAGAAUCGGCGACGUGGAAAGAACGAGAAUGAGUCGGAGAAGAGGGAGCUGGUGUUCAAAGAGGACGGACAGGAAUAUGCUCAGGUGAUUAAGAUGUUGGGGAACGGGCGUCUGGAGGCCAUGUGCUUCGACGGCACCAAGCGGCUUUGCCACAUCAGAGGAAAACUCCGGAAAAAGGUUUGGAUUAACACGUCGGACAUCAUCCUGGUCGGACUGAGAGAUUACCAGGACAACAAAGCAGACGUCAUCCUCAAGUACAAUGCAGAAGAGGCUCGCAGUUUGAAAGCCUACGGGGAGCUGCCGGAGCACGCUAAAAUCAACGACACAGACACGUUCGGGCCCGGAGACGACGACGAGAUCCAGUUUGAUGACAUUGGCGACGAUGAUGAGGACAUUGACGAUCUCUAGAGACCUGCUGCUGGAAGGAGGAGGUGGGAUUUUACUAGAGAUGCUCCACUUGGGAUAUUUUCAGCCGAAACAACACCGCACGAAUAUGAAUAACAAUAAUAAUACUUUCUAUUAAGAUCAGCCUCUAUACGCCAAUCCAAUAAUGUUUAUAAAUAUACACAUACAGUAUGUUUCAGUUUACUCCAGGUCGUUUACCAUCGGCAGACCGAAACUUUGGUGUUUAAAAGAACCUUUUCACACAAGAAGAAGAACACGACGACGACAUCUUUACUUUUCAGUUUAUCGUUAACAUGAAUGAAAAUGAGACGCUGCUUCUUUGUAAGACUGUCUCACUCAUCACCCGUGGCAACCAGAGGGUGGUGGCCUGGUGACCGACGGUGACGCAGACAGACUCCGAGUGUACAGGCUGAUCACCAGCAUCACAUUUAUGGUGAAUAUCUGGAGCAUUACUAGAUUUUUUUAUUUUAUUUUUUGCCUUCUGCCUCGAACGUCAACAAAAACGGCAAGUUCGCCGUCUCAUUCACGUAGAAGUAGUAGUUCUUUUUUUUUUCCUCCCAUGUAGUCCAAACACUCGCCUCCACCUGCCAAUACUAUGACUGCAAAAAAAAUAUCUCGCACCAUCUUUUUAACAAAAAAAAUGUAUUUAUAUUGAUUUCACGCCAUGUGGAAUUUAGCAAGUACAGAAUCUCUGGAUUCGCCAAAUAAAAAAAGAUAGAAGUA